AUGACAAAAAUCCUUCGUACUUCAUAUACAGCCAGAGAAAAACUUCGCAUUAUUGCUUAUUGUAAACAAAAUUCUUUACGAAAUGCUCAACAAAAAUAUGGAAUUAAUUUUGCACAAAUAUCAAAAUGGUGUAAAAAUGAAUCAAUAUCAAAAGCUAAAUCUAAAAAUUGCCGUAUGGCUGCUGAUGGAAUUGCUAUUACAACAUAUAUGGUUCAACAAAAAAUAAAAUCUCUCCUUAAUAUUGAAUACUCACAACAAUAUCAUAAUGCUAAAAAUACCUUCACAGCAUCUUAUAAUGGCUCUAUGGCUUUAUGA